UCCACUCCGCAACAACAUCUUAAUGAUUUAUUACUAGUACCAAGUAUUCUGACUCAACAAUCCUUUAUCAACAACACUGCCACUCUUGGGCAGUCAACCUUCCCGCCUAAUAUUUCUGCCCUACUUCUACUCUUACGAGAGACCAGAAAACUCCCGUCUAUCCUUGAAACAACUCGAAUUGCCAAAAAUACGUCAAAGGAAAAGUCAACGAUCACUACCAUGUCAACCCAAGUACCAAGAGUAGGCAUCGGCGCCUUCAUCCUCAACAAUGAGGGCAAAGUUCUCCUAGGGAAGAGAAAGGGCAGCCACGGCGCAGGUACAUGGGCCUUACCCGGCGGCCAUCUCGAGUUCAAUGAGACCUUUGAGAACUGCGCUGAGCGGGAGACUCUCGAAGAAACGGGUCUUACCAUCCGCAAUGUUCAGUUCUUAACGGCCACCAAUAAUGUUAUGCUCUCCGAGAAUAAGCAUUAUGUGACUGUUUUUGUUGGCGGGAGUAUUUAUGGUGACAUUGUUGAGCCGAAGUUGAUGGAGCCGGAGAAGUGUGAGGCCUGGGAGUGGGUGCCUUGGGAAGAAAUUGUCGCGUUAGCUCAAGAAGAGAUUGACGGGAAGGAGAGCGGCGAUAGUAAAAAGCUGUUUUCCCCGUUGGUCAAUUUGGUGGAGCAGCGGCCUGGUUUUCGUCCUUCUUUGUCCUAGGCGAUUCCCUCGGCUGGAUGUUGGGAGCCGUGCUAUGGAAACGAUGAGAUCUAUGUAUGAAUGACAUCGGUAUGAAGCCUGAGUUGCUGGCUUAUAAGAAUGAAUUAGGUAUCGAAAUGAUACUCUAUCCCAGAAGACAUUUGAUUCUGCAUGCUAUAUACAAUC